AUGGCCCUGGUGCGGGACGCCGAGCCGGCUGCGGAGCCCUCCCGCUGGCUGCCCACGCAUGUCCAGGUGACGGUGCUGCGGGCCCGCGGGUUGCGGGGCAGGAGCUCCGGCGCAGGCAGUACCAGCGACGCGUACACAGUGAUCCAGGUGGGCCGCGAGAAGUACAGCACGUCGGUGGUGGAGAAGACAUCGGGUUGCCCAGAGUGGCGCGAGGAGUGCUCCUUCGAGCUGCCACCUGGCGCCCUGGACGGCCUGCUGCGGGCUCAGGAGGCCGAUGCGGGCCCGGCGCCCUGGGCCGCGGGCUCAGCUGCAGCCUGCGAGCUGGUGCUCACCACCAUGCACCGCUCGCUCAUCGGCGUCGACAAAUUCCUGGGUCAGGCCACCGUGGCGCUGGACGAGGUCUUCCGCGCAGGCCGCGCCCAGCACACCCAGUGGUAUAAGCUGCACUCCAAGGCAGGCAAGAAGGAGAAGGAACGCGGAGAGAUCCAAAUCGCCAUCCAGUUCACCCGCAACAACUUGAGCGCCAGCAUGUUUGACCUGUCCAUGAAGGACAAGCCACGGUCCCCCUUCAGCAAGAUUAAGGACAAGAUGAAAGGCAAGAAGAAGUUUGAUUUGGAAUCCGCCUCUGCCAUCCUCCCAAGCAGUGCCCUAGAGGAUCCUGAGCUGGGCAGCCUGAGCAAGAUGGGCAAAGCCAAAGGCUUCUUCCUCCGAAACAAGCUACGCAAGUCAUCCCUGACACAGUCCAACACCUCACUGGGCUCGGACAGCACCCUGUCCUCGACCAGUGGGAGCCUGGCCUACCAGGGGCCUGGCGCGGAGCUCCUCACCCGCUCGCCAAGCCGCAGCAGCUGGCUGUCCACCGAAGGGGGCAGGGACUCUGUGCAGUCCCCCAAGUUGCUUACCCACAAGAGGACCUAUAGUGACGAGGCCAGCCAGGUGCGAGCGGCUCCUCCCCGGGCCCUCCUCGACCUUCAGGGCCACCUCGAUACUGCCUCCCGCUCUUCCCUCUGUGUCAAUGGGAGCCACAUUUACAAUGAGGAGCCCCAGUGCCCCGUGCGGCACCGCAGCUCCAUCUCGGGUCCAUUCCCACCCUCUAGCUCUCUACACAGCGUCUCUUCCCGGCCCUCUGAGGAGGUUCCUCACUCCACAGAUGACUCCUGGGGCAGAGGCAGCCACAGCAACAGCAGCUUGGAAGUGGGGCUUGGACAGGAGGAUCUGGGCGCUCAGGCCAAAGUGUUGGCCAUUGGCGCCAGCCGUCCUGGAGAGGUGGAGGGGUCCCAGCUUCUGGAGGGCAAGCCAGUCCAGGUCACCACACCCAUGGUGGCCUCCUCUGAGGCUGCGGCAGAGAAGGAGGGAGCCCGGAAGCCCCGGAUGGGCCUCUUCCACCAGGGGCUGAGUCGGAGUGAGUUGGGGCGCCGAAGCUCUCUUGGGGAAAAGGGGGGGCCCACCCUGGGGGCCUCCCCCCAUCACUCAUCCAGCGGGGAGGAAAAGGCCAAGAGUAGCUGGUUUGGCUUGAGAGAAGCCAAGGAGCCAACCCAUAAACCCAGCCCCCACCCCGUGAAACCACUCAGUGCUGCCCCUGUGGAGGGCAGCCCCGACAGGAAGCAGUCCCGCUCCAGUCUGAGCACAGCCCUGAGCAGUGGGCUGGAGAAGCUCAAAACUGUCACAUCUGGCAGCAUUCAGCCUGUGGCCCUGGCCCCCCAGGUUGGCCAGACGGACACCAAGAGGCUAAAGGAUGCAGCUGUGCUGGACCAGUCGGCUAAGUACUACCACCUGACACAUGACGAGCUCAUUAACCUGCUCCUGCAGCGGGAGCGGGAGCUGAGCCAGCGGGAUGAGCACGUGCAGGAGCUGGAGAGCUACAUCGACCGGCUGCUGGUGCGGAUCAUGGAGACCUCACCCACACUGCUGCAGAUCAUCCCCGGCUCCCCCAAAUAG